UGUUCUAAAGUGACCCUCACUUGGUGAAAUAAAGUUCAGAGAGCCGCCGUGAUGGAGGACUCCUCCAUGCCCCCCAUCGACCCGGAUUUCGAGCCGCAGAGCAGACCUCGCUCCUGCACGUGGCCGCUCCCGAGGCCCGACAUCUCGGUUGUCAAACCGGAGGGGUCGGACGGAGUCGAGUCCGCCGCGGGGACCCCGCCCGCCGACGAGGACAAGCCGGAGCCGCAGCAAGUUACCUCGGAGCCAGAGAGAGCCGAGGGCGGGGCCUCGGGCGGAGUGGGCGGAGCCACGCCCCGGAAAGGCUCGUCACGGCGCAACGCGUGGGGGAACCAGAGCUACGCAGACCUGAUUAGCCAGGCCAUCGAGAACUCACCGGAGAAGAGGCUGACUCUGGCUCAGAUCUACGACUGGAUGGUGAAAACUGUGCCUUACUUCAGAGACAAAGGAGACAGCAACAGCUCAGCCGGCUGGAAGAAUUCAAUUCGCCACAAUUUAUCACUCCACAAUAAGUUCUUGAGGGUACACAAUGAGUCGACGGGAAAAAGCUCCUGGUGGAUGCUCAACCCUGAAGGAGGGAAGACGGGUAAAGCACCUCGCCGCCGGGCCGUCUCCAUGGACAACAGCAGCAAACUGCUGAAGAGCCGCAUGAGAGCCAAGCAGACCAAGAAGCAGGCGGCAGUGGCCGGCACGGGAGGGGUACUGGCAGGCGACGGCAGCGCAGGUUCAGCGGGCGCAGACAGCCCUAACUCGUCCCAGCAGUUUUCUAAAUGGGGGGUCAACAGCAGCAGCCCCUCGUCCCGUGGCAGUCUGGACGAUGCAGACAUGUGGACCACCUUCCGCCCACGCACAAGCUCUAAUGCCAGCACCCUGAGCGGCCGGCUGUCCCCCAUUGCUCCAGUCCAGGAGGACGAUGAUGAUGAUGAUGAUAACCUGCCAGAGGACGGGCUGCUGGGGAGGUACUCCAGCAGCAGCCUGACCCCCACCCUCACAGAGACCGUUAUGGAGGAACUGGAUCUGAUAGACAACCUCAACCUGAUGACUGGGCAGCAGGGAGGGGCCAGUCCCAGCACAGCCCCGCCUGCACCUCCCACUCCACUGCCCUCGGCCUCCACCCUGCUGCCGCGAGGCCCCAGCUUCCCCUCCUUCCAUCAGCUGCAGUCCACCAGUCUCCCGCCGGCCCCCGCCAACACCGGGGCCCAGGCCUCUGUCUCUAUGUGUGGACCAAGCAGCAAAGAGCCGACGACGUUCAGCAACUCCAUCUUCAACCCGAUGCCCAGUUCUGGCUCCCGUGGAAGCAGCCACUACAGCACCCACGUUCCUUCCAACCUGGAGGCGCUUCUCACCUCCGACUCCCCUCCUCCCAGCGAAGUUCUGAUGUCCCAGAUGAACUCCCUCGUGAGCAGUUCUGCAGGGAUUGGACAGAUGGGUUUGGGGUCAUCUGUGGUGGGCGUGAGGCCCAACUCCAACCAGCUGCAGAUGAGUAAAGGGCUGGAGGCGAACCCGGUGGCACCGAUGACGCUGCAGGCUCAGAUGCAGCCGCACCUUCACCACCAGCCGCAGCAGCAUCACUCUCAAAUGAGCAUCGGGAUGAUCCUGUCCGGUAUGUCUCAGGACCCGUCGCAGCUCUCCGCUCUCAAAGCCCACCAUCCAGUGGUGUCGGCCAUGAGCUCUCAUCACGGAGGGCCCGUCUCCUCAGCCAAUCAGAGCAUGACCCUCCAGGGGAUGAAUCAGUUCGUAACGCCAUCCAGCUUCCCUGCCGGUCCGGACCGUCUGCCCACAGACUUGGACGUAGACAUGUUCACGGAAAACCUGGACUGUGACGUGGACUACAUUAUUAACAGUGACCUCAUGGAUGGAGACGGCAUGGAUUUCAACUUUGACCCUAUUCUGCCUGGAAGCCAAGGCUACCCAGGCCCCACCACUACACAGGGGUCCGCUCACAACUGGGUGCCCAGCUAAUUCUUCAGCUCAGCCCACAAGAUUAACCAGGAACCGAGCUCCACUCAACGAAAACCUCACAAAACGACAGAACAACCAGUGCAUCCUUCUUCCCAGCGGGCUGAAGAUAUAUUUUUUUAUAAAUACUUUUUUUUUUCUUUGACUUUAAAUGGCAAAAUGGAUGCCUGACCCACGUCAUGUGCCAAGACAUGCGGAGGACAACGGGGCGAUUCAGGCUACUAUGCACAGUUUUCUCCAUUUUUUUAAUACUUGGCAAAAUAUUCGGCUGCUAGCCAUUUUUUUCUUAGGAACUGAACUGAGUAUUUUUUUAAAAUAAGAUGCGUGAUGUAAUAUUUUUGGAGUGGAAAGACAAAUCAUCUCCCUGCUGUUGGGAGUUUGCAUUUCAGUCAAGUUACACCAGAGUAGCUUCAGAUAUGGUACCGUGGAUUUAUCUGGCUCUGGUGUUGGAAAAAAAAAGUUUCUAUUUGAGAAAUGGCCAGUUUUUGCGCUGAAACUCUUAAGAUGACUUUUCCAGACCAAACGCUGUUUGAUGGACUGAAUGUGGUGCAAACGACCCGCAUGCACCGCCUCGAAAACAAGCGGCUGAUAAAAAAAAUAAAAAAAAACGGACGGCUGACGUUAUGAAAUGUUUGACUCAACAUUGGCUUCACAUAUCGCCCAAACAACCGUUUAAAAAUUAGAAACCAAGAUUAAUUAGGUAUUUUUCAUGUCGAUCCAUUGCGUUCGGGGAGAUGCCUCUUUGAGGGUGUCUUUUUUUAUUUUUUAAUUUCCUGAUGUGCAGUGAAACUAACAGAAUGAAGAAAUGUGAUUUGUGACUUUAUACGCGGGGGCAUUAACGAGUAAAUCUAGUCGCAGCGACGAGCGAUUAAUUGGACAAGUUUGAGAAUGUUCUCAAAAGGAGAAUGCUUCCACUGUUAAAUUGUCUACUUCUUUUUCCUUCUUUCUUGUUUUUGAUUGGCGUCUGCGCAUUUUCAAAGCACUUAGGUUUCCUGCAAAGGAACCCCAAACUAAAAGAACACAUCCACGUUAUGUAUCAUUUCAGUACAAACAAAGAGUUAUAAUGUUGUAAAAGAGACAAGUUAAUGUAGACGUUGCACAUGUACUUGACGGCACGCUACGCAGAGAGGUAA